AUGUCUAUCCCAGCAACAGUGAGAGCGCUCAUCAAAACCGAGCCGGGCAAGGCCGAGGUGCAGACGGUGGCGUUGCCCAAGCUCCGGGACGGGUACAUACUGGUCAAGACGACUGUGGUUGCGCUGAAUCCCACCGACCCUCACACUGUCUUCGAUGAUGAAGGUGCGAAGCCCGGGAGCCGUGUCGGGUGUGAUUAUGCCGGCGUGGUCGUCCAGGUUGGCAAUAACAGCAAUUUCAAGCCGGGUGAUAGGAUCGCUGGAUGGGUCCAAGGAGGAAAUGCCUCCAAUAUCGAAGACGGUGCGUUUGCAGAGUACAUAGCCGUCAAGGAGGGCAUUGCAUGCAAGAUUCCAGACAAUAUGACGGAUGAGCAAGCUGCAACUUUGGGUGUUGGCGUCUCUACAGUGGGCCAAGGUCUCUAUCAGGCCCUGGGUCUGCCACUCCCCAACGACGCCGAUGCCAUAGCAGCCAGGGCCGGCACCCCGAUCCUCAUCUACGGCGGCAGCACGGCGACGGGCGUGCUGGGAAUCCAGUACGCCAAGCUCUCUGGGCUGAAGGUGCUGACGACGGCGUCGCCGCGGAACCACGAGUACCUCAAGUCGCUCGGGGCUGACGAGGUGUACGACCACUCGUCGCCGACCUGGGUGGACGAGGUGCGCAAAUCGACGGGCGGCCGGCUGCGCCUCUGCUGGGACUGCAUCGCGCGCGACGGGACCCCGCAGGCUUGCGCAAGGGCGCUGGACAGCGACGAGCCCGGCGCAAAGUAUGGCGUCCUGCUGCCGGUGGAGGCAGAGGUCGUCAAGGGCGUCAACCCGGGCGUCGACGGGCCCACCUUCAAGAUUGCGUACACGACGUUUGGGGAGGACCUGUAUAAGCUGGGGCAGCAUUUACCAGCCUCGGAGGAGGAUUACGAGUUCGGAAAGGUCUUUUGGAAGUUGACCGAGGAGCUUCUCGCCCAGGGUAAGAUCAAGCCUGUCAGGCAAGAGGCUGAUCGAGGUGGCAAGGGAUUGGAGAAUAUAUUCGUGGGGAUCCAGGCCUUGAGGGACUGGACGGUCAGUGGCCGCAAGCUGGUAUACCAUGUCGCCUGAAUGGGGACGUGGGAAGGUGAUGGCCCAAGUCUGAAGGCUAACAGGGCCAUUGCUGGAAUGAGGGCAACAGGAGUAAUAUAAUUCCAAGAAGUCCACAAAGAUGUCAGGGUGGAUUACAGCCACCAAUCCUAAAUUAUGGAUAUGAAUGGAUGCCCACAGGGCAAGAUAACAGAGUAGUAAAUGAAACAUGCCUUCUCUGCGGAGAACCCCAAAACAAAAGACUCCAAAACCCCUUGCGACGCCUGAAAUCGAGAUAACAAUGCUCAAGCUCAAACCAAACAUGCUGGCGCGAAUACAUUCUUUGGCAAGCCAAAGAAGAAAAAGAAAUGGUAAGAAAUAAAAUAAAAUAGAAGUACAAAACAAUAUGCAGAAAGAAAUCAAUAUUCAAAUCCCGGUGAGAACAUCUCACUUCUCCCCCUUCCUGUACAUAUCUGCGAGGAGUCCCACUAUGCCCUUGAGGUUCUCACGAUGCGAGCUCUCAAAGUUCUUUGCGACGAACCGCUUGAAGAUAGCAUUGCACUCAAUGACAGCAGUCUCGUGCAGCUCGUACCCGGCACCACCCGGUUCGCCACCUGCAGCAGCAGGAGCAGCCUUCCUCGGCUCGUAUACACUCCAGAUGCGCACGCCCCCGGGUGCGUCGGCGCGGCACCUGACGCCGCCGUCGAAGCUCUGAAAGACGGCCGGGACGGUGAUGUCUUUGUGCACGCCCGGCAGGAUGGGGAUGCGGUCCGACACCUCGUAAGACUCGAGCUUGCGGCCGUCGGCGCGGAAGAAGGGGUCAUCCACCACCUCGUCGACCGAGAGCGGGCGCCGCUUGAAGCCCUUUUGGAAUGGGUGAGGCUUCAUCAGCGGCUCGUACGAGGUGUGCAGGGCGGCGAGCACGGCAGAUGGUGGGAGGUCUGGUGGGAGAGGGUACGAGACCUCGAUCGUCAUCUGGGCGACCAUUGUUUGUCUUUGAUGACUUGUUGGGUUGCUAAGGCUUCAAAAGGGGGAGACACGUGAUUGCAGCGUGACGCGGCCGAUCACGUGGAUGGAUCUGGAUCUCCCCGUAUUCGUCUGGUAUUUUUGAGUUGGGUUUGAAAGGCUCGUUGACAAGUUGACAGUAGUAGCAAGUUUUUCGUAGCUGUUCGAUUCAAUCUUCAAGCUUUCGGUCGAGAAAAGUAUCGAGAUUCGAGAAUUGUUGGAUUUGAGUUGACAUCAACCGCAACUCGAAGCGAACUACGACUUUGGUUUCUGUGAGGCCGGUACUCGGCACACACAGACUAAACCCAAGUGCACGUCUCGUCCGAUGUGCCUAAAGCUGAGGGCGGAAUUUGGAGAUGCCGAGACGCUGCACGUUAUCGGCGAUAGGAUGACAAUCGAAAAAAAAAAACAAAAAAAAAAAAAAAAA